AUGUCGGCCGUCCCGGAAAACAUUCGCAUUCAAGGGGACGCCCCAGCGUGGCACGACCGCCUUCAGAAGUUCCGGGAGAUGUGCACUGAGCAAGUGGGCGGUUUCCGCCGCCAGGACCUGGCCUAUGUCGCGCUCAGUGUCUGUGCACCUCGUCAGCGCAUACCACAGAGUGCAAAAGGCUUCGACUACAUGAACACGGAAACCGACCUGGAGAAGAGCGUCAGACAGCGCGUCAUUCACAAGCUCUACGACCGCCUCCUCAAGGAGUAUAGUCAGAAGAACACGGUCAGCGACGAGCAAUUCUCUUACAUCACCAGUGCCCUGUCCUGGGCACUGCUCCAAAUCACCAACAUCAAAGAAAUGCUCAAGCUGGAGAGAACUCUCGACUCGGCGGAAACUGUCCCAGAGUAUUUCGAGGACAUCAAGGCCAUAGUGGAGGCAUGGGAUCUCCACUUCAAGAUAUUCUUCACGCAGCCCCUGUCGGGCGACCAGAAGCGUCUUGGAGAAGGAGGGCCACCAGUGUCUAAGACACCCAGGUCCAGAAAAGUGAAAGAACUCUGCAUUGCUCGCGACCGGGUCUGUGUUUUGACCGGGGCUCGAGAGCCCCAUGUGGCGCACAUCUACCCAUUCGGUGCCGCAAGCGCCCGGCAAACCAAGUCGGCCCUCAAGGACACUCUCGCUCGGCUGUGGGGCGCGGACAGAGAAACAGCUAUCUCCGAGACGCUUUUUCCGGACGGCACAACCAAGGGCAUUGACGUCAUUGGCAAUGUCAUAUGCCUUUCGCCAAACAUGCAUGCUGCCUGGUCUCGGUACGAUUUCGCUCUGUUCCCCCUACGCUCAACCGAUGAAAAGGAGGAGGGCCCGUGGAGUAUACAGGUUGUUUUCCACUGGUUGAAGCGCCGUCAGGUUCAGAAGAUGUCGGAGAUGGCCGGCGACAUGAGGACAUCCGCUCGGGAGGUCCUACUAAGGACCUCCCGCGGAGUCAUGGAGCGAGAGCCCCGAGACAUCGACUUACGUACGAACGCCCCCAUCCUCGAUGGGCAAAUUUUCACCAUCAACGCAAACAAAAAGGAUCAUCUGCCCGACUACGACAUCCUCAUGCUCCAGUGGGACAUUGCGCGUAUGGCAUCGCUAUGCGGAGCUGCCGAGCCAGAAGACGACUCCGAUUCUGACUCACCCUACUACUACGACGAGGAGGAGGUCAUGUCUGGUGUCGAGGCCGAAGUCGAGGUGACCAGCGAGGAGACGACGGAUGUUCAACAGUAG